CAACUUUUCUCCGCUCCCUGCGCCCCCCAACUCCAUCCCUUAUAUAUAAAGUCGCGCGCUCGACGGGGCGCACAACCGAACCACGAGGGGUUGACGACGCUACUUUAGUUUAGUUCUCUCUUCGUUCGUUUCCUCAUUCACGCUGUCGCUCUGUCUGUCUGUCUCUCUCUCGAACGCACUCGAAACGGCGGCCUCAAAACGCGUCGCGCGGUUUACAACAACAACAACAACAUCAGCCACCCGAAAAAGUAAAACCAAAAAAAACUCGUGUUUCCUUUCAUUUUUCCACACCUUUUGCUCGGUUUCGAUUUUUCCGUUUCCGAAACGAUGAUCUAACAGGCGAACCGCUCGACGAACAUCAAGUGCGCAAAGUGAAUAAUUGUUGUUGAACGGCGACAGUCAAAUGUCUGAAGAUGCCUCGCUGCUUGAUGGCAAAAAAGUGGAAGGCCUACCCAUGGGCGGAAAGGGAGCCCGCGAAAGACCCGGAGGAGGAAGAGGAGAUCAUCGAUGUGGUCGGAGAUUCGCAGGGGGCUUGCUGGGGCCCUUCCAGUCCUACGGAGGGGGCCACGGCACCUUCGCCGCCCCCUGGCAGUCCUAGUGGAACCACUCUACUCUAUAAUGGCUACAUACACGAAGUGCACCCGUCCUCCUUCACCACCUACAUUGCAAAGAGCGAAUUUCCAUCGCAACAUGCCCUGGCACCGUACGGGGUGCUGGAGGAACCUCCUCCCGCACCCGAAUUCAUCCCGCCGUCGCCGCCGCCCUACAAGAGGAAAAGCCUCUCGAUGACCUUCACCUCAACAGGCGCCCACCUGAGCCUCCCGCCCAAGAAAAAGGACAUCUACCGGCCGUACUGUUUGGACGAGGGCGGCAAAGCGGGAGUGAUCGAGGAGCACCACUCGCCUCUCUCAUUUCUCACCAACCAGCCCACCAUCAGAGUGCCGGCAGAGGAGGAUUUGCACGCGGCCCAUGCCAUUCUGGAUCUGAGCGCCUCGACCACCGUCUUCCUCCCGGCACCCACGCCGCAGACAGUAGAACAUCGCGACAACGACAUCCAGGAACAGGAGAACAUCCGGCCCCCGUCAAUUGGCGUUAAGAGCGGAAAAACAGUGGCCUACACUUACGAGGCCUUCUUCGUCAGUGAUGGCCGGUCGAAGAAGCGGCUGAAUGCGGACGAAACGGUCGGCGCUCUCACCGCGAAGAUCAGCAACGAGAAGCCAAAGUACACGUGCAGCGAAUGUGGCAAACAGUACGCUACCAGUAGCAACCUGUCCAGGCACAAACAGACUCAUCGGAGUCUGGAUAGCCAGGCGGCGAAGAAGUGCAUCACGUGUGGAAAGGCGUACGUGUCGAUGCCAGCUCUGGCUAUGCACGUGCUCACCCACAAGUUGGCCCACCGAUGCGGCGUGUGCGGCAAACAGUUUUCCAGACCAUGGCUGAUCAAACUUGCGAGCUCACAUGCAAACGCACUCGGCCGAUAAGAACUUCGAGUGUCCGCGCUGCCAUAAAACAUUCGCUUUGAAAUCGUACCUCAACAAGCACUUGGAGUCGGCGUGUCUCAAAGAGGAAUCGACGUCGCCACUGUUGAACAGCCCGGACGACCAGAAGGAGGGAACGGAAAACCUGCCCAGCCCUGUUCCAGUGCGCCUCUACACAGGCUAAAGGUGACCAUUAGCGCGGCUUGGACCAAGCUCCUUGCCCAGCAUACCCCCUAAUUGUACCAUACAAAUAUGCCUAUCUUUUCUAGAUACUACAUAGGUAUUUAGGUGUUCUAUCGGUUCCCAUUUUUCAACUAGAACUAGGGCUUUUCAGUUGCAAGUGGCUUGGUCAAGGUGCCGCGCUCGAUCUAGUUGCCAACUCUACUUAAUCUAGUCACUCCUAGUCCUCCCGCAAACACAGCGGCCCAAUAAAACCGCUCUGUCUGCACCUCUAAUUCUUAAGUCCACCCUAGCGCUACCAUUUUAGGCACCCUCCUCCCAGCUUGCUGUUGGAGGCCCUCUAAGAACGUUCUUGUACAUAGUCCCUUCCAAAGAGUAACAUGUCACACAUCGCAAACACGUCCACUAAAUUUAGCUUAGUCUUUAAUAACGCGGAUUGAAACGGCCAAUGGAGUUUUUAUCAUCUCCGUUAGUGAAAUUCUCUGCAUCUUCUUUGGUCGUUUAAAUCCCCAGUAAAUAAGGGAUGUACAUACAUACAUUGCCUAGGUUGCCCAAUAUCUCACCACCUAAUCUUAUGCUUGCUUUAGACGUUACUUUCAACCCCUUUUGAACGUUCAAAUACAACGAAGUUUUGAACGACAUGCAACGUUUCACUUACAACGACUAUUAGGUAAUUUUAGCAUGGCUAAACAAUUAGGUUAAGUCUUAUAUACAACGUUCCUUUAAGAGUUUAAGGGUUGAAGAGGAGAACAACGGUUUUCUCUAGUCGCAGGUUAGUCCCGAUAUGAAUAGUUCUAUGCAAAAACCAAAAAAAUAAAAACGUCCUAGUCAGUUUUCUUCUAGUCAAUUUCUGGGUAUCGAUGAAGCGCGGUAUCCAUUGCGCUCCAUUUACUGUACAUACAACCCCACCGUAUACAUAUAUAUUUUUUCUGUAGAUAUUUAAUUAUCGUCCGCUGGACUGAAGAGCAAAUUAUAUUGUAAAAUAUGUAGGUUAAUGGAAAAACAUUGGAAAAACAGACAAAAAGACCGCAAAUUAAUAUUAAGCAUAGUUUUGGCAGUAUUUUUGCAAACAAACAUAGGGUUAAUAUAAACUGAGUAUAGGAGUAAAUGAAGUCAACGAAUGCUGGAGCAAAUGCGGUUAUUGAAGUUCGGGCCAGUGCAAUUUUCCUUAUCUGUCCACGUUAGUCAGUUAGAUUUUCCAUUUAUCGAUCACUUGUUUCAUCGGUUUGGUUUCGCGUCUCUCUGUAUUUUCUCUGUCGAUUUCUUACUUGAUUUUUUUCCGGGAAACAUUAAUCGGCAUUUGUGGUUUCGAGCACUGUGCCCUAAAUCUGGCGAGUGUGCAGUCUAGUCAGUAGCCAGUAACUUUGCGCCGGACCAAUAGGAGUGUCGAAAAUUGCAGCCCAUGCCCGUAGGGGAAGGGGCAAAUUCCAAUUUUCAGUUAUUUUGCCACUAUUCAACAAAAGAAGUCUAAAAUAAUUUUGAAUUUUUGCCAUGGAUGUAUCUAGUGCAGGGUCGCUUUCGAUCAAUACAAGAGUGGUGAGGUUAUUUUCAGCCUAUUUAGAUAAAGAAAAAUUUCGUAUACAGGGUCAGUCAAAAAGUCACAACCCCGCAAUGUUCCUUUUUCCAAUGGAACACCCUGGAUUUAUUCAAUAAUUUAUUUCUUCUCCACGUUCUCAACAAAAAUCGUACAUUACAGCUUUGGACAUUUCGAGUUGUCAAAAUUUUGUUUUGACGUAAUUUGCCAAAUUAUUAAACCAAAUAUAAAAACACUGCUUCAUCAAGUUAUCUUAUCUAUAUAUAUAUACCUUAGUUAUCUUAAAUUUAGGUCACUAUGACAACCCAAGUCAUUCUUUUGGUCUGAACAGUUAAUCUCUAUCUGAAACGAAUGUCAAAAAGGCGUUUUAUACGAAUUUUCUGAGCUUUAAAAUGGCACUUUUACGAGAAACUGAGCGUAUUGAAAUACCAAUGAUGCCAGAAUAUGGGAUUUUGAACGCGAAGUACGAGCAGAUCUCCAUGAAACAUUUCCUGCGAAAUUGAUGGUCGCAGGGGACAAUUGAAUGGCCUGCUCGGUCUCCCGAUUUGACCCCAGUUGAUUUUUUUCUGUUGAGUUAAACUAAACAUGCCGUUUACGAAAAUGGGCCGCAAAAUAUUGAAGAGUUGCAAGAUAGAAAAGUCCCAAAAUUGCCCUUCUAAGUUUUUUGAAAAAUUUUCUUCAGCAACUCAGAAAACGGCGCACACUUUGAAAAUAAAAUUUCACUUUCAUCCUGGGAAUCAAUAAAAUUAUGUUGUUUUUAAAUUGUGACUCUUUUUCUUCCACCAUUCCAAUUUGUUGAAAAUUUAAAAAAUAACUAGUUCUAAUAAUUUAGCGAAUCACAGCAAAAACAAUCUCAACAACUCGAUAUCUUCAAAACCGUCAAAUUUAAGCUUGUAAUGUGUUAAACGAUUUUUGAUUAAAAUGACCAGAAAAAUUGAAAAACUGACUAACAUACAGGGUGUCCCAUUUAAGAAAAAAAACAUUGCUUUGCCAUAGCUUGUUGACUGACCCUAUAUACUAAAUUUUUCUUUGCGUAAAUAGACUGGAAGUACAUUGCAAUUUUCUUCCAGCUCUCUUAGAUUAGGGAACAAUCCACCAAUUCCACAUAUAAGAGCGACCCUGUGGAUGCACGUUGCAACCGAUUCCGGUCGCCUAACGUUUCACUCUGUUUGUGGAAUUUUGAAGGUUUUUUCGCAGCUUUUGGACAUCAAUUUCCCAUUUACCUGCUCUGUAUUAUAUAGAGCUGAUAAAAAGUCGAUUAUAAUUAAUCAAAAGUGUCCAUUCAACAUUACCGUAGUCCAUUAAUAAAGCGAAAUGCUCCAUUAUUGAGCAUAUUAAUGAUGGGCCAGGAAUAAAAUUCAAUUUAUUUUUAAUAACUUUAACGAUUUAACGCGGUUGCUGGAUUUUGUGGUAGGAUUUUUCGAAUCAAUCCAUAUCGCAACAGUAUGAAUAAAACGGUUUUAGAAAUUCGAACUUGUUGCGGGCAUUGAAGUUGGAAUUUGCCCCCCGUUUAUUACGAUUUGAAGUUGGUUUUCGUCGUUCGCAAGGUCCGAGUAGUGGUAGAUUAGGCCCCAGCACACCACAUGUACAGUAGAGAGUGAUAUGCAUUGAACUUAGAUAUUAGGAGUUGUUUCUUUGACAUGUUUAUAUAGUUUGUAUUUAAUGUUCUGGCGUUACUUCGGGAAAGGAGAAAUUACGGACCUAAAGAGAACCGUGAAUUUCGAAAAAAGCCACACGACCUUUGAAAAGUCGACCCAUUUGAUUGUGAAGGUUUUCGAUUAACGAUACUUUUUCCUCUACUUCUUUAGUUGUUCUAAGCAGUUUUCGGUGUUAAACGUGUAGAGUGUAGCGAAAGCAAUAUUACGACCGCUAGCAAUAAAUAGCUGAAAAGCAAUCGGUGUCAAAUUCCACGUUACGCGUCAAUAGCCAACGAAUUAGCUGCGAUUUGCCAAAACAAUCACAAAAGUCCUGAAAACAGUCUAAAUCAACUAGCAAUAAAAAGAAGCAAUAUUUUGACGUAGAAUUAAGACACGGAACAAUCUGGUUUUGGCAAAUCCCAUAGGUGGAGCUCAAACUGAUGGUGAAUUUUCGAAGCGUUUACAGUUUUCGUCAGAAUCGAAAUUUCGAAAUCCCGGGUGCCGGGUAUUCAAAAGCAAUAAAACAGUAGGAUGGUCCAAGAAGGCCACGCCUCUGAAACCAUAGCAAUAUAAUAGAUAACGAAGUGUAAGGCUAGAUAUAAAUAUUGACAAAUUUUAAAUUAUAUAACGUCUAAGAGUUGAAAUAGAUACGUUACUGAGUAGAAUUGAUGCGGCGUUGUUGAGGGAGCGUAAUUGGUCAAUUAUAUUAGCGAUUCACGUUGGAAACCGUCCCGGGAAAAGGAAAACAUUGUUAAUGUAAGAAUGUGGCAGAAGGAAAACAAGCGGAAAUCGCCCCUCUAUUCACUUCUGUUGACUUUGCCGGUAUAAGUGUAGUUGCUCGUUCUAGAAGCAUAAUAUUUUCCUUAAACCUCAGGCUUUUUCCGAAACUUCCCCGUUUUAAAUUCGAACACUUGAGUCAAUUAUUUUACUGCUGGGCCCUCCCUCGACGGCGCCCCACCCCCUUGCAUUACCCUAGAUUGCCUAACUUAACAGCAAUACCUAAGUAUAUAAAAGUAUAUUAGAGAAAUCUAUAAUCAAAUGAGCAAUACACUCUAAUAUGUAUUACUUCUAGCGGUACUUAGCUGAAUAGCCUUUGAUAAGUAAUGUAAUUAAAUUCACCAUGGGGCAGAUUGCACACGACUGGGCGCAAUUUGCGCCACGGCUCCCGAUAUUGACUUGUACUAUUUACAUAGAGAUAUUUUAUGAACAUAGAGUUAACUAAAUGAAUUUUAUAAUACAUAUAAAUACAUAUAUUUAUAUAUUUAUCCCACUCUGGAUAUGGAAACGAAUUGUGGCUGUCUAGGUUUGUGCGCGUGCAACAAGGCCAGUCGCCCAACGCCUGUGUUGGAAUGAGACAAAGACGUGCGAUCUCGUCUUUGUCUGAUGGCAGUGCCUUGUCCCACCCGUACACUAUUCGACAAUAGCUAUUCGCUUGCUGGGCCGGAGUGAAAGUUCUAGUUCUUAUUUACGAUAUGUGGAACGCUUACGUUCGUCACGUGUAAAAAUUCAAUUACUACUUGUAUAAGUUCGAUUGGUACAAAGGUUUAGUUAAGUGUAAAAAAUAUGUAUUUUGCUGUAGGUACAAUAUGUUUGACAUUCUAUUAACGUACUCGAAACAUUCCAUAGUUGCAGGCAAACAAGCUAAAUAAGAACUAAGAUGUAAGUAAUGUAAUAAGUAGCACUUAGCGUUAGACACCACGUCCAAUAAACAGUAACUAGUUGCAUGCCGAGACCAGUUCAGUUUUUCAUCAACGAUCUACAACGAAAAACCGCGAUUUUGGGCAAAAAACAGUAAAUAAUCAAACGGAAAAAUCAAAUUUCGCAAAUUCAGUCCAAACAAUGGCUUUUUAAAUGGAACCCUGCUGCUGUUUAAUGGAAGCGCAACGAGUCAGAGGAUCUUGCACAGAGUCGCCUCUGCUACAAAGUCUCUAAUACUCAAUUCCACUUUUCAUCUUCAAACUGCGACAAAACAACAGCAAUUUAUUGGGCGUUCGGCUCUGUACAGGGUGCAAUGAAUGUUGGCUCACAAUUAGUGCAUUUUAUGCUUCCUACGUUCCGUAUACACUGAGGCAGUCCAUUAAAUGACCACAAUAUAUUGAUUACAUUUACGAUUUAUUCGAUUACACUACAUAGGGAGUUUUGUAUUAUAUUUUCAUAAUAAAUAGUAUAGAAAAUAUUGAA